GGACCAUUCACUUGACGCGGCAACAGUGUCGGUUCGUUUGGAGAUAGGUUCAUCUGGCGUGUCGCUUCCCCUGUCUGUCUCGGUUGUCGUCGUUGUCGUCAUCCUCACAGCGCCGCCUCGGUUCUGGCCAGGACCAUGCUCAACUUGUUGCUCAACUUGUCUUUCAGGCACGGCUGCAGUGCAGCUUCACUUGGCUGCCCUGCCACUUGUCAUUCAUCUCAUCUAUCACUAGCGUCACAGUGGCACAUGUACACUUCUAGAUCCCUCCGCCCGUCGAAUGCAUUCAUCACACCCUCGAAGCACCUGCACACAUGCGACACACAUGGGUAAGUAAGACAGACGGACUAGCUACCUUUGAGCAUUGGUCGGUGUCUGGUGUUGCGGCCGCUCAUCUUCUUCUGGCCCACCAGCACAUUCGGGACGUACCCACUCGCCCUGAACACACCACAAAACACACAGACAGAACAGACAUCCAGCGCCAUUUCGCCUGCGAGUGUGUGGCAUACGCACAUAUAUGAGAAGAGAGGCUCGGCGGCAAUGCUCUUGGGGUCGAAGAGUGAUCCGUAAUUGGACUUUAGCUGCUGCAGCUGUGUGGCCAUGUCAGGGUCAUCUUGCUCAUCGACCGGCUGCCACUGAUUCUGCAGCACGAUCCCGCCAGGCUUGAGAGAGCGCUCAACCUGAGACAACAUUGGAUGGACGAUGACAUGAUGUGUUCUCUAUUGAGCUUGCUCCGUGUCCCACCAGGCCGAGGAACUCAAUGUUUCUGCAUUGAUCUGGCACAUGGUUGUCUCGCUCGAAGCAGUCCACGAUGACAGCAUCGUACACCUGUACGUGUAGCAAGAGACACAAGAAGCUUCGUCCAUCCAUCCAUCCAUCUGUCCCUGCCUGGUUGUUUGUGUCUCUCAGGGCGUCGACGCCUGUCUUGACAUGGAUGGUGCCGCCGGGCGACGGCAUCAGGCCGUAAAAGUGCUUCGCCACCGACACAACCCCUGCACACCAGACACACGGAAAGACACGUAUGGCGGGAGCCGGAAGAGGGGGUUUAUCUUACUGUCAUCUGGCUCGACAGCAUCGACGGUUAGGGAUUUGCCGGCACAAUCGAUGCCAGACAGCGACGAGUACAGCGCUGCAUGCCAUGCCACACAAACCAAGACAGGGAUGCGGAUCUAUAUAUAUGCAAUCAAUGUCUCCCUCUUCUCUCUUGCUUACCUCCACCGCCCAGUCCGAUCACCAUGACUCGUGGCUCGCCGUCCUCUGGCGUGCGUGUGUUGCAGUGUUUUCUCACGAGUUCAUACAUCCGCUGAUACAGCAGAUUGGGCGGCGGCGAGUCGGCUGCUGCACCACACACAUAGACAGAGACAUAAAGAGGCCGCACUCACUCUGUGCCAUGCUGUGUGCUUACGGAUUGUGCAUUGGCAUUCUUUGGCACAUCCGUCGGCCUGCUGGUCGCUGCCGAUCUGACAUGAGUUGAGGUCGAAGUCGCCCUCACACCUCACUGCUGUCUGCACGCCUGUUGCCGGCAGGAAUGAAAGAAAUCGCUCGUUCGUGUCUGUGUCUGCCUGGACCAGCACGGGGUAUGGUUGUGUCUUGAUGGUGCAGAUGUCGACCACAGACCCGUGAGUGGCCGUCAGGGCGAAGGCGAGCAGAGAGAGAGACAAGGCGAGAGGCGACAUGACCGACGAGCUCAUAUGGUGCAGAGCAGGGCGUGGCGGGCAAGCAGGUGGAAUGGGCAGGAGAGGGCGGGUUUUGCUAGAGCGGGGGCCUUUCCACCCUCGUUGAUUGCAGGGGGUGGGUGGGCGUACAUGGGUAGGUAGCGAAUGCUUUGAUCGUUGCUGUCAAUAGUUUAGAUGCGGAUAUGUAAUCCACUGUCCCAGCGCAUGG